CCGAAAGCUAGGACACUGCUCUUGCGCAUAGCAGAUCAUACUGGCAUCGGAGAAAGUGCGCUUCGACGUCAACUGUCAGUGAUUGAUGAUAUUCUGCGGACUGAUGAGACUGCAAAUAUAAUUAGUGGUGGAGAGAAAUAUUAUAGCCUCGUCCCAGGUCAAACUCAUCAAAGUGGCCACCAGGUAACACCUCCCACCAAACGCGAAAGUUCCUCUUUCGAGCACGUGGUAAUUGACGCAGACUAUUUACGCAAGACGACGUGGACCGAUGACGGCGUUAUCGGGAACUUUGGAAAGCAAAAGACGGCUAAAGUCCAUGCCGCACUGGCGAUCCAGAACAGAGAACUGGCUGAAGUAGUUGAAACCAAACCCUAUUUGGAAAACGCUUAUGCAAGCGAAAGGAACUAUGAAGCCUAUUUUCAAACAAGGAUAGUGGAAGAGGCAGUACAGAAUCGCGAAGUAAAGAUGCGCAAAAGAAGAAAUUGGAUUGCAUCGCAAAGUAAGAGAAAUCACGACCAGAAGGCUGGGAUGAACAUGAAGAUGAAUGACUCAACAACUACUUCUACAAAGGAUAAAGAAGGAAAGCGAGAGGACGAAGGCAUGACUAGGGAGAGCACGACUACAGACAACAUGGAUGACCUCAAACUCAACAUAGCCUCCAAAAUAGGCCAUCAAAGCAGACUGCAACAUCCUUCUGGGUUACCGUUUGGAAUGCGCUUAGCCUUUCAGUUUUGCCACAACCUGUUACGAAGAAAAGGAAGCGAAGCAGUCACGGUUCCUUGCGUCGUUGUGCACGUAUGCUUCGAAUUCUUCGCAGACAAUAAGGACGUUUUUGUCGUUGAUGGACUUACGCCGAGUCGGAGAAGUUCGGAAAAGGAGAACAAGAGAUCGGCAAAAGAUUUUGAUUUAUCUACCCCAUCUUCCAAUGAAGAAGACGUGCGCGAUCCUGAAGACGGUAGUACUAUGGUCCUGAGUCAAGCCGAUAUCGACGCGGCAGCACUGGGAAACUUGAGGAUCAUACAUCAUCAAACAGGCAAAGACGGCGUAGUCCAGGAAGUUCCAGUCAAAACAGCGGAAAUAUGGCAGAAAAAAGAAGAACUGGAACUUUGGUUCCUCGAACAGAGACGAGCAUUUAGCGGAAGUGGGAGUGGUAGAUAUGCUACUAUUAAGGCUUGGGAGUUGACCUAUCAUCUAAUUCUAAGAGCGUCUCUAUGUCUUCUUCAAGUAGGAAAGCCACAGAUAUGCGAGCUAGAGAUGCCAACUUUCAGCCCCUAAUACUAGGCACGGAAAUGGAAACGGCUACGGAAACGGAUCCGAUCGAUUAAGAAAAUGGGGUGACAACAACGACAACAACCUGCAGAAUGUAGUGCUUGAAAAAGAGCAUGAUGGAAGUCUUCAAGUUCUUCGCAGUGGUACAACAACUUCAUCUGAGCCUGAGGGGGCCGCGGCCACUGAAAGUAGUAGGGAAACAGAGAUACCGCCCCAUGAAUUUUGGAUAUCUACAGCCGAGUUGAAGCACUACAAGGAGGCAAUGCAUCGUGUAUGUGCGUCUAUUCCAAGACUGCCCCUAAAAGCACUGCAGCCGAUGGAGUUGGUCAUUCUCUUAUGAUUUGUAAACUUUCUAACUUCAGAAAUGUUUCGCAUAAAACUACUCCAUAUCAUCAUCGUUUUAAUGCAAGCGGUCGCUAAGAAGUUAGUGCUGCUGCUCGUUCUUUCAGUGCGGUCUCGUAGGGUCAUGAUUCUUUCGCGUUCCAUCCUUCCACGACACCCCUAGUCUAUCUCGUUUUUCACAUGAUGACCAGCUCUAAUUCCUCUCAGCUACGACCCCAAGAAGCAAGACAAGUAUGCCUUCUUCGUCUCCUUGUUGCGGUAUCAUGGAGUUGACGCGCGAUCUUACUUCACCAAUGAGCUUGUUGGGCUAUAUUCCGACGUCCUACCUGAGCGAUGGAACACAACUACAGAAGACAACACUGGGGCCCCAAAAUCGAUGGGGACUGUGCUGCUGGAUCUAUACUUCGCCAUGCUGUUGGAGAAGUACGGGGGUCCGGGAACGUCCUCUUCAAUGGUAGCAAGUUCUUCUGGCACCUUCCAGCAGUCCUAUCGCCCUCUGAAUACGACUCAGCUGAUGUCGAUGUCAAGACGCAGAAAAGUGCGGCAUCUGCUUAUAGAGCCUGGUAGUUCAGGUGUGCUGUCUUCAGCAUCUGCAUCAGCAGAGAGGAAUGCGAUUACGAUGAAUGGAACAACAACUACAACUCCAUCAGCAUCAACCUCAAUGUCCGCAACUACCACUACUUCUGACAACUCCGACGACUCUGACUCCGCUGAGAACGACGAGUCCAACAAUCCAUUUCCCUUAUCCGAAGGACUUUGUUUAGGCAUAGCUGACUGCUUUGUCAGGAAAAAAUGGAGUACAGCCGGUGAAACUUCGCAGUGCGAAGAGGAUCGACAUUUCGUGUUUCAUCAUCCCGCAUCUAAGAAAUUUCUACAUUAUGGCUUCCAGUAAUCCAUCUCCAGCUGAAGCAUCUUGAGACUGUUGUUCCAUGAGGGGAAAAAUGCUUCAAGAUGAGUCUCUAGAUGGAUUAGGGGGAGCUCUAACCACAGUCCCCCAUGACGCUGUUAGAUUUGUUGACACUGCUGAAAUACAAUGUAGCACUAGCCUUGAAGGGUGUCGCGAGUCAUGACCUCACGGACUGUGAUGUCAGGUACUACAUCAGGGCGAAUAGCGAGGCUAAGACAACUACAUGAAAUGUGCUACUUGUCGGGAAGCAGGUACAACUGGUACUGGUACUAGAGGCUGGCCUAAAAAACGUGCUGGCGGAAGAUGGUUUACAAGGAGCAGCAGCAGUCGCUGCACAAGAAAAAAUUUAUAUAAGUUUGAUCUGCAGCAUAUUUCUGUUUUCAUUCAUUGUUGUGAAUCAUUGAUAUGUAUAGUCUUGUUUGUUAAUUUAUAAUUUCCUUUACCUUUUCAAUGUUCAGUACACGUCUUCUAGGCGUUCUUGCAUCCGAGCAAUCAUCUGGCAAGAUGACAAUACGAAUACCCGGAUAAAAAUUAUGACAAGGGCAACAAUUCUUGUCUGCGUAACGCAGAAGAUUGAGAUUCGUUUUUCGUUCUUCGUCACCAAAAUAUAUGCUGUGACUGGUGAAAUUGUGUAUGAAAUAAAACGCUUGUCGUGAAGAUGUUGCUUCCCUUUUUAUCGAUGCAUUCUUCUUCUUGAUGCUGGCGCGACAUCGCUUUUUUAUCAAUUAUAGGUCCGAAGACCAUACGAUGACUGUCACACUGAAG